AUGUCAAGCAGUGACAACGACACGGAAAGUGAAGAAUCUGAAAGUUUUUCUGAACGUCACCCUAGCUUGUUCCGGACUCGUGCUAGAAGAAUAAUCGCUGUGGAAAUAGUGAAAAAGGGACAGUACAUAGUUUUACCAUGUGAUGUAGACGGAAACCCCAAACCAAAUAAGUUUAUGUGGAGAAAAAAUGGCAAAAAAAUUCCAAAAAAUAAUACUUAUAACAUUUAUGAGGGAUCUUCGUUGAAAAUAACAAAAUUGAUGGUGUCUGAUAGUGCUGAUUAUACGUGUAAAGCUUGCAAUAGUUUGGGUUGUACGGAUUCUACAGUGACACUUAGGGCGUUUUUCAAAAUGAUGGAUUAUGCAAUGCAUAACAUGUCAGCAUUGGUGAAUUCUACAGCAACUUUACACUGCUAUUUACAGAUACAACCAAAUGAUAAUUUCAGUUAUAAGUUGUUCAAAGGAAAAUUUGCUGAAAUGAAGCAUUUAAUGGAUUUUUCGGGCACAACUGAUUUGCUGAAAACUCAACGAAUUUUAACUAUAGAGCAUGUUAAACUGGAAGAUGCCGGUUGGUAUACUUGUGUUGCUGCUAAGUAUCAUUUGGAUAAUAUAUAUGAAGUGAUAGGUCACAAAAGUGGUUAUUUGCAUGUGGUAACAAAAUUUGAAAGUAGUUACAGUGUUUUGAUAAUAACGGUUUCGGUUGCUCUGGUUGCAAUAGCUACGUGUGCACUUUUAGUAAUAUUCGGACGUCGUCGAGUGCUGAGUAAUAACAAGUACUAUCCAAGAUGGAUAAAGAAAGUUACAGAUUGAG